AUGGAGGCAUUAAGGCUCCAUCCCAUCUCCUUAAGGAGUUUUGUUGGGUCCAAUGGAGCACCCCAGGCAGUGUUCACCUUCCUUCUGAUUCCGUGUUGUUUGACUCGGGACUUCAGAUCACCCCCUCUUAUUCCAAAUACCCCUUUCCUCUGGGUCUGGAAUGCCCCAACUGAACUUUGUAAUAGAUUUAAGGUGCCUCCAGAUCUGAGACUCUUCUCUUUGGUGGGAAGCCCCCAGAAAGGUGCCAGAGGACAACCUAUUGCAUUAUUUUAUGCUGAUAGACUUGGCUACUAUCCUCACAUAGAUGAAGUAACAGGCGAAAAUGUGCACGGAGGAAUCCCCCAGAAGGGAUCCUUAGAAAGGCAUUUGGAGAAAGCUAUAGAGGACAUUUCCUAUUACAUUCAAGUCGAUAACGUGGGCUUGGCUGUCAUUGACUGGGAAAACUGGAGGCCUACCUGGGAGAGAAACUGGAAACCGAAAGAUAUUUACAAGAAUCAGUCUAUUGAGCUAGUUCGGCAACAAAAUACAACACUUUCUGACUCAGAGGCUGCCAAAGUAGCCAAAGUAGAGUUUGAAAAGGCAGGAAAGAGAUUCAUGCUAGAGACUUUAAAGGUGGGAAAAUUACAUCGGCCAAAUUACUUAUGGGGUUAUUAUCUUUUUCCUGAUUGUUACAAUCAUAAUUAUAACCAACCUACUUACAAUGGAAGUUGCCCUGAAAUAGAAAAAAGAAGAAAUGCUGCGCUUGACUGGUUGUGGAAAGAAAGCACUGCCCUUUUCCCAUCCAUUUAUUUGACCACCAAGUUAAAGUCUUCUCUACGGGGUGCACUCUUUGCUCGUAAUCGUAUCCAGGAAGCCAUUCGGAUGUCUAAAGCAGCCAAAGCUGGACGUCCACUUCCGGUGUUUGUAUAUGCCCGUCCAGUUUUUACUGAUAUGUCUCUGAAAUACCUCUCUCAGGAUGACCUUGUGCAUACAGUUGGUGAAAGUGUUGCUCUAGGCGUCUCUGGAAUUAUAAUGUGGGGAAGCGCCAAUUUAAGCCUAAGUAUGCAAUCUUGCAUGAACCUAAACAAUUACAUGAAGAAGACACUGAAUCCUUACAUAGUCAAUGUCACCCUAGCAGCCAAAAUGUGUAGCCAAGUGCUUUGCCAGAAACAAGGAGUGUGUGCAAGGAGACACUGGAAUUCAAGUGACUAUCUUCACCUGAACCCAAUGAACUUUGCUAUUCAAACUGGGAAAGAUGGAAAAUACAUGGUACAUGGGAAGCCCACAAUUGAAGACCUGCAACAAUUUUCUGAAAAAUUUUAUUGCAGUUGUUAUCCCAGCACCCAUUGUAAGGAGACAGCUAAUGUAACAAACAUUCAUACCAUUCAUGUGUGUAUUGCCAAAGAUGUUUGUAUAGAUGCCCUUCUAAACUCAGGUUGUUCUCCUAUGUGGAAAUAAAGAUUCUCUGCCACAUUUAGCAAUAUCUCAUCC